GUUUCUAUAGCAGUUGAGAACUGUAUGUAGACUAUCAGAUAUAUUCGACCAUUUCGUUUGUGCCCUUACAGUAGUUGAAAGUACGUGAACACAGUUUGAGACUUUGCAGAAACAAACCUAUGGUGAAUAUAAGGAAUUUCUACAGACUUUUAUAUUUAUCAGAAUUAUGCAUUCUAUUUUACACAAAGUUAGGAUGCGCUAUGUUGCUCUUACAUUACUUUUCUCUAUUUAUUUGUGGGAAUAUGGAGCAACUUACAAGCACGAUCCAUGGGUAUCACAAAAUACAUUUUCAAUUGAAGGCAUAACCAUUCCUCUUUUUCAAUUUGGAGAAAAAAGUUAUUAUAUCGGAGAAUCAAAGCUGACAUAUUUCGAAGCAGGCCAGUUUUGCAAGAACAUCAAUAUGGAGUUAGUGACAGUACAUUCAUUCGAGGAAUUUGAGACAUUGUGGAAUUAUAUCCGAAGGACAACUAAUUUAAGAAAAUUAUGGACUUCUGGUUCAAUUUUACUAAACGGGCAUGACUGGAUCUGGAUGUCGACAAUGGAACUUGUGAAAUUCACCAAGUGGAAGCCAGGAGAACCUAAUAAUAGACUCGCUGAAAAAUGUCUGGAGUUUCUGAGCGAUGACAAUAUAACAUUUUUGUUUAAUGACAGGGAUUGCAGUGCAAAGGUUGCUUUCAUUUGUGAAAGAGAUAGGCGUCGACUGGUUUCUGACAAGACAAGCAACUCAAAUUCCUUUAAGCACUAUCCAAAUAACCCCACAUUGCCUAUAACGAUCAUAGAUAAUGUAAAAUAUCGAGUCAGCAAGUACGCAACAACUCAAGAAGAAGCUUCUAAGGAUUGCAAAAAGUAUGAAAUGGAACUAGUUAGCAUAAUGGACAAGAAAAAAAGCGACGACGUCAUUAAUCUGAUUCGCAAAAAUUUAAAUCCCGAUAUUGAAAACUUCUUCUGGACUUCCGCAAAAAAACAAGCCAGUGGCAAGUGGAUCUGGGGAGAACAUCACCCGAUAAUUUAUACCAACUGGGCUUCAUCCGAACCUAACAAUCUAGGCUUGUCUGAACUUUGUCUGCAUUUGUUUGCCAAUGGUCAAUGGAGUGACAUCAAAUGCGAUGAUAAACUUCUCUUUAUCUGUGAAGGACCCAACGUAGAUAGCUUUGAUCAGUGUGAAUCACAACCUGCUCCAAUUAUAAACGUAUACGUCAAUAAUAAUCAGAAGACUCACCCUACAAACACAGCGGAUACGUCGAAUGAGGUUGCUUGCUCGUGUACCGGAGAUGGUGAUGCUUCCCGUUUGAUUCAACCUCGCUUUGGUCAUAACAAUGGGAAUUAAAAAAAUAAAAACUUCUCAAUUUCGAACUUUCAAAUACACUGGAACGCUGGAACAGCAACCUGACAAAAUAAUCCGCAAUUAAGUCGUGUUUAUAUGAAGAUUGUAUAUCGGUAUCUUGAAAAUAAAGUAUUUUAUGUCAAAA